UUUGGUUUAGAAUGUAUUACAUGAAGCAUCCAGUUUAUAAACCAUGGUUUAUGGCUUAUCCUUAAGUAUGUGAUUUAUUCAGUAAAACAGUUGAGGCAAAUCAUGGUUUUUUUGUAAAACCAAUAACUGAGUUCAACAUCAUUUAUUAAGUGUAGUACAGAUAGAUUGAAGUUCUAGCAUCCAGCUACAAUUACAAGAAUGACAUUCCCAAAGAUAACUGAUUGGCUGUUGCCCAGCAGAUUAAUGAUUAGGUUUACCUUAAAGAGAAGUACAGUUGUGGCCGAAUAUUUAGGGACCAAUAUAUUUCUAUGCAAACUUGUCAAUACCUUCAGUAACAGCAUAGUUACAGUUAAACAUAGUUACACAUGUACCCAUACAAUUACUAUAGCUCACAAUACUGUCAAGAUACUGUGUAUCUGCUCCUGAUUUUCUUAUAGCUAGAAUAAGUCUGUCCACCAAAGUGACUGAUUCAGCUUUUCAUUAUUAUUUUGGCAUCAACAGAGUAUCCCCAGGUGGAAAAAGUUAGGAAGGCAGCCUCACCUAUAAAAUUAAAAGAUGUGUAUACACAUAGACAUGUGUGUGUGUGUACUGUGUGUGUGUGUGUGUGUGUGCACAUCAUUAAAAUAUAAUUUGUUAUUAGCUAAAAGCAAUCCUUUAAUGAUAAAGGAUACUGACUUCUCCCAAGUAAUAUUUGCAAAACAGAGAUAAAAAUGCUCAGAUAGAUUUUUACUGAUCUGCUAUUGUUGCAAUUUUAUGUUGACAUAUUUUCUCUUUUAUUGAAAGCAUAGUUUAAAGCAACAUAUUUGAAAUCUUAAAAAUAUCUGUAUUGCAUUUUGUCAAAUCUACCUUUUUUGUUUGAUAUUUGCUUUUUAGCUGCUUUAUAACAUACCGUAUAAAUAACUGUUUUCAUUAUGGAAUCUUCUACCAUUAUUUAUUUAUUUAUUUAUUUAUUUAUUUAAUUUUAUUUAUAUGCCGCCCAAUCCCAAAGGACUCAGUUACUUAUCUGUAACUCUACAAUAUAUAUAAUAUCAAAUUUAUCAUAAGUGGGGGAGAUUUGAAAAAAAAUUCUGUGUCCAGAAUUUCCCAAGGCCUGCUGGCUUCAGCUGGUUAGAUUAGCAUGCAGAUACUCAAUUUCUUCAUUCUUGGAGUUUCUUUUUUUUUAAAUCCCUAUGAUAUAAAAUUUUAAACAACUGCACCAUGUUGAGGCACAAUUAAGCAAAGGAUUCAAGUUCUUAAAAUGUUUGUGGAAAUAUUUUCCUGUUUUAUGAGUUGAAGAUACUUUGUUCUAAACCUUAUAUGAUAACAGAAAUAUCAUCAGAAGUAGAUUUUAGCUGGCAGAUCUUUCUGUGAUUGUUAUUUAAUACCACAAGCCAACUCUCCAAUCCACUACAUUGUUACAAUUCCAUUCUGCUAUUGGAUAUCACCUCUGCAUCAUCCUCUGCGUGUCAGUCAGCUCUGGAGUUUAGGUUUGAACUACAAGUUACUUGUCAUGCCUUUUACAUUAAAAGCAAAAACUGAACCAUCUGUUUUUGUAGAAGUCUUCACUGAAGCUUCCUUGGUGCAGAUGAACAAGCUGAUGUAUAUUUGCAAAAGUUUUAUUUGCCUUCCAUUGCCUGUCUUUUCAUAUAUUUUUUUAGAAACUUGUGUACUAUAUUUUACAUUAGCUGUAAUUAGCAUAAGUGUGUAUCAAGCAGGCAUGCUCUUCAGGAUAUUAGCUUCAGCCAUUUCUUCCUGACGUGCACACCAAAUAGGAAACACUCUCUUGACUUUGCAUGCUACACAAAGCAGAAUAGUCACUAAUGCUCACUCCAUUGUGUACUUCUACACCUGUUUUAGCACUUGACCUGGUAAAGCAAAUUUCAUUAUCAGUCCAACUAACAAAACCACCUUGUUCUUUGUGAUGAGAUGAAAAGAUUUUUUUCCCCAAUGUAUAAAUAAAAGGAACAAUUCUAGGCUUAGAUAGAUCACUGUUUCUACCAAACAUUAGUAAAUGUGGCAAUAAUUUUAAUAACUAAACUCGCAUUUGGAGAAAUACUUUUGUACUUUUUUGUAAAAAAUCAGAACUAAUAAAGAAACUGCUAAUGAAGAUAAUUCAGUUUCAAGUUGUAAAUGUACAUAAUUGUGUUUUGGGAGUCACACUUUAAUAUAUGGAAAGGAUUGAACGUUAUUUAAUCAAAUCUAUUCUGAACAUUUUCCAGAGUUCAGUGUUAGUCAGCUUGAACAUAUGGAAAUACUCACUACACAGUCAUGGUGCUUGUGACCAUGUCACAUUUUUGCAUCCAUUUCCAGCAUCUUCAUCAAGAAUGUGUUCAUGUGACUAGUGAUUCAGGAUAAGCGGACCCAGAAAUAAUCCUAACAAAAAUAUCAAAUCAGUUGAAAUAAUCCUCAUCUACUAUCCUCAACAGGUUAACCUUUAGAAUUGGCCUUAGGAAGAGUUUUGAUAGACAUCUACCCAAGGUUGAUCAAAAUGGCAGAAGACCCAGUGACAGUGAGUUGGAAACCAACAAUAUUAUCUGCAAAUGCUAGCAAUAAUGUAAUCCCCAUGCAUGGAGCAACUCAGGAUGUUUUGGAUUCUGGAGGCACCAAUAGCAUUGUACAAACAAAAGAAACAGCUCCUUUGAACAGAUGCGAGGAACACGCUCAGGGACCUCUGGCUGAAUUAAAAAGUUCAGGAAGACGAAUAUGUGCUUGUCCUCCUCAAGGCAUCAUUGCCAGAAUAGCAACAAAUGUGGUAGCAAUAGCAUUGAUCUGGGCUGUAUUCUGGUCAAUUACAACCCAUGAAAGUCUUCCUGGUGGGAGCCUCUUUGGAUUUUUAUUCCUCUAUCUUUUUGCUGUAAUUGGUGGUAAAAUUAUGGGCUUAAUCAAAUUUCCUGGCCUGCCUCCACUCCCUCCUCUUUUGGGAAUGUUGCUUGUUGGAUUUCUUCUAAGAAACAUCCCACUGCUCACUGACAUAGUCCUGAUCAAUGUGAAAUGGGGAGCCACCCUGAGAAGUAUUGCUCUCUCAAUCAUCUUGGCCCGGGCUGGCCUUGGCCUUGAUCCAAAGGCUCUGAAAAAACUAAAGGCUGUCUGCUUUAGAUUAAGCUUGGGACCCUGCCUAAUAGAAGCGUGUACUGCAGCAGUCAUAUCUCAUUUUCUUAUGCACCUGCCAUGGCAGUGGGGAUUUAUGCUUGGAUUUGUCUUAGGUGCUGUGUCUCCUGCAGUUGUAGUCCCUUCAAUGUUGGUUUUACAAGCAGGAGGAUAUGGUGUUGAUAAAGGUGUCCCAACUUUGCUAAUGGCUGCAGGAAGUUUUGAUGAUAUUCUGGCUAUCACAGGUUUUAACACCUGCUUAGGGAUAGCAUUCUCUUCAGGUUCCACCCUUGAAAAUGUCCUGCGAGGUGUAUUAGAAGUUGCAGUGGGUAUAGCAGCUGGUGGACUUUUAGGAAUUUUUAUUCGUUACUUUCCAAGCAAGGAUCAGACAUAUCUUGUAUGGAAGAGAGCAUUCUUUAUUAUAGGCUUAUCAAUGCUUGCAAUUUUUGGCAGUAUGUAUUUUGGUUUCCCUGGAUCUGGAGGACUGUGCACAAUUGUCUUGGCAUUCCUGGCUGGAUUAUCAUGGUCUGAUGAGAAAAAAGAGGUAGAAAAAAUUAUUAAGGCUGCAUGGGAGAUUUUCCAACCUUUUCUUUUCGGUUUAAUUGGCGCCGAAAUAUCUGUUGCAUCUCUUGAUCCUCAAACAGUUGGACUUUGCAUUGCCGUACUGGUUGUGGGACUAAUCGCCCGAGUUACAGCCACAUUUAUAUUGGUCUUUUUUGCUGGUUUUGAGCUGAAAGAGAGAAUAUUUAUUGCAUUGGCUUGGAUCCCCAAAGCUACUGUGCAGGCUGCAAUUGGCUCAGUUGCCUUAGAUACAGCACGGGAGCAGGCAGAUAAACAAUUAGAGAAAUAUGGCAUGGAUGUUUUGACAGUUGCUUUCCUGGCAAUCUUAAUCACAGCUCCAAUUGGAGCUCUAAUAAUUGGGCUGGCAGGGCCCAAACUUCUCCACAAGACUUCUGAUACCAACAGAGAAAGUCAUAUAUAUGAAGAAAGAGAAGAAAUAGAAAUACAAGGGCCAGCAUAGGGAGAUAUGAGGUGCAAUCCACAGAUUACCUGAACUGAGACUACUUAUGAACCAUGGUAUUCACAAGUAAGUUACAGAAGUUUAAAGGCCUUUGAGAUACAUUGCAGAUCUUGCAAAUAUAUGUACAUAUUUUUAAGAUGACAUCAGUUGGAGCUGUUUAGAGCAAAUAUUAGCUAUUAGUGGCUUGUAGCUUUUCUUUUUGUGGUUAACAGUUUAUUAGGUGAAAAGAAGAUUAGUGGCUGCUGAAUUAGAGCAUAUUUAAAGUACUGAAGAAUAAAUGAAGCUGUUGAGCUUAAACAUCCCUGGGUUAACAGAAAUAUUUUAGAUGUACUGCCUGGGUGAGAACUAGGGAUUACUGAUAAAGACUUCCACCCCUUUCUCUUGUGGUGGAAAAAUAGUUAGGACUGAGAUACUGCCUGACGUUUCUCUGAAAGACUGGUAGCCUGAAGUCUUCUCUGAGGACUUGGAACUUGGUUGGGAAGAGUGAAUUAGUGUAGUUAAAAGUAGAUUUUAUAUAAAUAGUGUUAUAGAGAAUUGGAAUGUUAAAUGUGUUAAUGGUAUGUACUGUAUGUUGAGUGAGGGAAUAGCAAGAUAGAGCAAAGGAAGGUUGAGGGGGGGGGGCACUGUGGAUUAUAACAGGCAGAGAUAGAUGUGGCAGGAAGCACCAGCUUGACUAUUACAGGAAAAGGGAGACCCGUAUAUUUUUAUGGGUCUCUUCUUCUAAACCAGAUAUUCCAGACCAGAGUCCAGGCAGCUGAACUGUUGGGCAUAUUGGCCUCCAGUUAUUGCUCAAAAAUGGUGAGUUGGUGCAAAAUAAGAUCGCAUUCAUUUUACAAUGUAUUGGUAGAUGAAUGUGCUGACUUGAUGUAAGUUAUUGAAACAUGGAUGGGAAAUAAUGGGAAUGUAGCCCUGUUGCAAAUUUGCUCUGGCAGUUUUCAGACUAUGCAACAGCUAUAGCAAUUGGGCAAAGGAGAAGGGGUUGCUGCAAUGUACAAGACACCUUCGUAGUGAUGAGGAGCACUGUUCCAGAUGUCACUGGAUAAGAAUGUCUUAAAGGGUAUUGAGUUACAGAGAGUCCUCCAUGAAUUUCUGAAUGUCAUCUUAAAGAUAAUGUUGGGCCAUCCCAAGAUUGAGUGUUUGAGGAGACUUUGAUCUUCCUGCCUUGGAAGAGAGUUCAUGUGUUCCAUGAGUUUAUAACCUUGGGCCUGCCCUGAAUAAUCCAUGCCAACAGACAAAAGCAAACACCCAUUAUACCUGAUUUAUACUUGGAGCAAAUAUGACAAAACUGGAAAUGGAGGACAUUGAUACCUAUCAUCUGCUAUGAUUAGUUCACUUCCUCUUCAGAUUCAUAGACAACCAAGGCUUCCAUAUGAAUAUUGAAUCCUUUCAAUUGGUAUUCUCCAGGACUUGGAUGAAUUCCAGUGGACUUCAGAGGACAAUCUGAUGAAUUAUUCUGUUUUGUGUCUGGUUUACUUAUGGAUCCAGCUGCUUCUGACAACUGGGGGGGGGGUUGUACUAAUAUUUUAUAUGUUCCUUUUUAUGUCCUGCUCUAUUUUACAUUGUCCAGUAUAUACAUACUGAAGUGGGGCUACAAAAAAAUUAAAAUAAAUAGAAAAAAUUACGAAUUUUAUUGAAUAAACAUCCAAAUAUGCCUUUAUCCUUCUAGAAAAGACAAGAAUAAACACACUGAAUGGUUCCAUACAUUUUUCGAAUGAUUCUAUACUAUCCUAGAAUUGAUAAUUUUUCCUAACAUAUAAAACAAAGUAGCUUAAUGAACAAAUAUGUAAUUAUGGCUUUCAGCCAGUUAAAUGAGCCUUACCAUGCUACUCUUAUGUUCACACAAUGCAACUGAGUUGCUUUACUAUUAGGCAAAUAUAUACAGCACAGCAGGGGUCUCCAAUCCCUGGGUCAGGCCCACUAUCGGACCUUGAGCCUUUCGGAACUGGGCCAGAGAAUUGGCUCUUGUGCGCACCCUCACUUGCGCAAGCAGCAGGUGAGCACAUGUGUGUGCAUUUGCCCGCCGCUCUUGCAGAGCCAUCCCCUCUCCCCUUGCCGCCUGUCCACAAAGCCAGAAAGGUUGCGGAACUCUACAGCAAUGAAGAUUUAAUGAAUUGAUUCUUUCAAAAUCUUUGUAAAUUUUCCUACUUGCAUACAUACAGUCUUAGAAGGACUCUCUCUCGAAUUAUUCCCUUUUGUUUUUAAUAUUUGCUUGUAUUAAAAAAUAAACUUUAAAAAAUGCUGCCUCAUGGAUCCAAGGUGCCUUGGUA